CCUUAAUCCCACCACCACACACCACCCCCCGGCCCCGGCGGCUCUUUUUCUUCCUCUCUUAUCGGUCGAUUCGAUCUAUCCUACGGCGGCAAAGGAACAAACACCUGCCGAGCGCAGCAAGCGGCGUCACGACCAAGCCAAGUAAUUUUUCAUUUCAUUAGUUAAUGGAAAAGGGUCCAGUACAACUUGUGGCAAUUUUUUUUGGGUCCAUUCAGCAGUAAAGCCUUCUAGUACUUCGAUGAAUUGAAGCUUUGUGUUGCUUGCAUAUGGAGCAUGCUUCUGGUGAGAUUGGUGUGCAGGAAAGUUUGGUCACACUUUAAUAGAAAUCAAUAAUUGUUUUAUAUGGAGAAAGAUCCUAAAUCUGAUGUCGAGGUGAAUCAUUCUAGAGAGUGUAAGGUUGCAGCUCUUGGACAUGCUGAUGAUGGACGGAAGACAAAUGCCAACCAUAAGAAAAAUGACAGAUGUACACCAAGUGCAAAACAUAACUCAAAAAAACCAGUUAGGAAAAGGAAAGAAGUAUCUCAAAAAGUGAAUUCUAAAAGAUAUUCACUAAGGUCUUCACUUGAUGAUGUCAGGAUUCUUCGAUCGAUGACAAAUGGUAAAGAUAAGACUUCCGCAGGGUCAUCGAAUUCCACGGCCAUCUCCAUGACAAAAACAAGGAAAAAGAGGAGGAAAGGGGAGAGUGCUCUGAAUAAUGAAUUUUUACUAAUUAAAAAACGUGUAAGAUACUUGUUGACGAGAAUCAACUACGAACAAAGCCUGAUUGAUGCAUAUUCAAAUGAAGGAUGGAAAGGUCAAAGUUUGGAAAAGAUCAGGCCUGAGAAGGAGCUUGAAAGAGCCAAAUCAGAAAUUCUACGCUGCAAAUUAAGGAUACGUGAAUCAUUCCGGCAUCUAGAUUCCUUGUUAUCUGAGGGAAAGCUUGAGGAGAAUCUGUUUGAUGACGAUGGACAAAUUGACAGUGAGGCUAUAUUUUGUGCAAAAUGUGGUUCAAAGGACCUGUCUGCUGACAAUGAUAUCAUACUGUGUGAUGGCAAUUGUGACAGAGGUUUUCACCAGAAGUGUUUGAACCCGCCACUGGCAACUGAUGAAAUUCCUCCUGGAGACCAAGGAUGGUUGUGCCCUGCGUGUGAUUGCAAGGUGGAUUGCCUUGACUUGCUUAAUGAAUUUCAAGGAAGUGAUCUCUCAAUUGAGGACACAUGGGAGAAAAUUUUUCCUGAAGCAGCUGUUGUCGCAAAUGGGAAUAAACAAUUUGAUGACUCCAAUGAUUCUUCAGAUGAUUCAGAAGAUCAUGAUUAUAAUCCUGAUACCCCAGAAGUUGGUAUUGAAGAUCAGGAAGAAGGAUCAAGUUCUGAAGAAUCAGAUUCUAUUUCAUUGUCUGAGGAGGCCCCAGGGUCUCCCAGACACAACAACUUUAAUGAUCUUGGCCUUCCUUCUGAUGAUUCCGAGGAUGAUGAUUAUGACCCUGAACGUCCAGACCCAGAUAAAGAUGUUCAGAAGGAAGGAUCAGACUCGAGUGAAUCAGACUUCACAUCAGACUCUGAUGAAUUCUGUGUUGAGCUUAGUAAAAGUACCAAUAUCAAUGAAGAAUCAUCAUUCUCUUUAUCCGAACCCAAACUGCUUGAUGGUUCUUGUGAGGGGAGAGAUGAAACGCAUGAAAGCCCAAUAAAUGCCAAGCCUCCACCUGUAAUGGAGGGAGAACCUGGUCAAGUGAACACUUUUCCAGUGUCCAAGAAAAGGGAGCGGGAACAUUUAGAUUAUGAGAAGUUAUAUGAUGAGGCUUAUGGUAAAGAGUCACCUGUUUCAAGCAAAGAUGAAGAUUGGUCUGAGGAAAGUGCAGCAAAGAAAGCUAAGAAAGAUGAUGACAAAAGAGAAGAUGCUAAAUUGCCAGGUGCAAAAGCUCAGUCUGCCAAUAAUAGAAGAAGUUUGGGCAUCAAAGGCAAGGUUGAGGACGAUAAUGAAAUAGACUUGCCAAAUUUAGACCAGCCACAAGUUUCAAAAGCAACGAGUGAGAGUACUCCUGAUAAAGGACAUGAGAACCUGGUUGAACAGUGUGAUGGUGAUCAAUUGCUUGGUUUGGAUGGGAUCACUGUUACUUACUCUGCAAGAAAAUAUUUUGGUCAAGAGACAUCUCAGAAACUUCAGGAAAUCUUCAAAGAAAAUCAAUAUCCUAGCCGUGAAACAAAAGAAAAUCUUGCGGAAGAACUAGGGGUGACUGCUAAAAGGAUCAGUAAAUGGUUUGAGAAUGCUCGACAUAACCUGAGAGUUUCUGCCAAGGGAUCUGAUCUUCCAGGAACUUCUGGAGCAGUUUCUGAUAAAGGAACCGAUCAUGCAAGGACUUCCAUGUAUAAAGGAAACCCCUUCAUGGAACCCAGCAGAAAAAUAUCUGAGUCGAGCAAGGGGAAUGCCGAGAGCUCGGCUGGGAGCACUGAGAAAAUAUCAUGUAAAGCAAAUAAUCACAAGGAUCAAGUCGGGUCUGGUGCAGCUGAUAAAUUGAAAAGAACGGUGGACAGCAAAAGGCAGAAGGCAAUAGCGCGCGAGUUGAGGAAGAUAAGGAAUGGUAGGUAAAGAUUCUACCAGCGUUUUGGUGAUCGCUUGCCUCUUGCAAGAUAGUAGCGCAUUUUGAUUGCUGGACUUUUGAGGUAUUCUUGGUGGCGUGACGGUUGGACGUGUCGGCAGUCAUGCACAAAUUAACAUCCACGUCGCCUGGCAUUCUCCGGAUGUUGUGUGUUUUUGGUUUUAUCUUUCUCCUCCUCUGUUUCCCUUAAAAGAGGUUGCGGUUGGCCAUCGAGGCCAGGAGGAGAUCCUUUGUGUCUGUACGCUAACCUUAGCAGAAAAGAAUCGGAUUGUUUGUACCAGGCAUAAUAACUAGUUUUACCUUGGAAAUAGCAUUUACGUUACUGGCUA